UUGUUCCACUGGGAGGGUGCGGUUUACGAGGAACCCUGAAGGCGUCAUUGUUCCACCCCUGCUGGGCAGGCAGAAAGAUAAAUCUACCCCUGCAUACCGACACAGUUAUACUCUAGUUACCCUUCAGUCUGCCCCUGGACGAAGCAACCUGUCCGGAGCGGAGCAGCAGGAGACGCUGGACUUUGUCUGCCAGCGUUACGCUAUUUUCAACAACUCACAGCAGCACCGUUAGCAGGCUAAGCUAGCAGGAAGGGGUAGCUAACGACAGUUGGCUAAAACUCCUGCUCCGCUGAAGACCUCCCACCGCAGGCUGCUGGACCUGACAGACCCAGCUAUGUGAGCUGCUCUGAUGUGUAGAGGUGUAAAUCCCUACCGUUCCCGGUUAAGACAGCUUUUUAGCUGGUCUGGAGGACCAUACCAGCGCAGUGACAUAAACACCCAACAGACCUGCAGCUGAUUUGGCUGAACAGGUGUAUGUUGACCUGGAUUGUAGCAUAACCCCCAGAGCAGCCUCCUCCCCUCCACUCCCUCAGCUCUCCCUGUAGGACUACUAUGCCUCUGGGUUUGGGAAGAAGGAAGAAGGCGUCCCCGUUAGUCGAAAAUGAGGAAGCGGAGCCCAUCCGGGCAGGUCUCAGCGUUCCAGGUAUGGAUGGCCCAGAUGGAGGUGUUGUCGGGCUGGGAGAAGGUGCCACCUCUGAAGGUCUGCCUCCUCCACCCAGCAGCAUGCGACCUCGCCUCAUCUUCCACACCCAGCUUGCUCACGGCAGCCCCACAGGCCGUAUCGAGGGCUUCAGCAAUGUGCGAGAGCUCUAUGCCAAGAUCGGUGAGGCCUUUGGGAUACCACCGUCCGAAGUUAUGUUUUGCACACUGAACACUCACAAGGUGGACAUGGAUAAACUGUUGGGAGGUCAGAUUGGACUGGAGGACUUUAUUUUUGCCCACAUUAAAGGCCAGAGAAAGGAAAUAGAAGUCUUCAAAGGGGAGGAUGCACUAGGGUUGACGAUCACUGAUAAUGGAGCUGGCUACGCUUUCAUCAAGAGAAUCCGUGAGGGGAGUGUCAUCCACCAGAUCCAGGUUAUCAACGUGGGUGAUAUGAUCGAGUCGAUCAAUGGCCAUCGCCUGAUUGGCUGUCGACACUAUGAGGUGGCCAAGAUGCUGAAGGAGCUGCCCAAAGGGAAGGAGUUCACCAUCAAGCUGGUGGAGCCUCUCAAGGCCUUUGAUAUGAUCAGUCAGCGGUCUGGAGGGUCCAGGUCGGCAUCAGGGGUUCAGCUGGGGACCGGCAGAGGAACCCUUCGGCUGCGCUCCAAAGGUCCUGCUACUGUGGAGGAACUACCUUCUGCAUUUGAGGAAAAGGCCAUCGAGAAGGUGGAUGACCUGCUUGAGAGCUACAUGGGCAUCAGAGACAGCGAACUGGCCGCUACCAUGGUGGAGCUGGGAAAGGACAAAAAGAACCCCGACGAGUUUGCCGAGGCUUUAGAUGAAACCCUGGGAGAUUUCGCCUUCCCCGACGAAUUUGUUUUCGACGUUUGGGGUGCCAUCGGCGAUGCUAAGGUCGGGCGAGUGUAACCACAGAAACUAAUGGAGCAGAGCGACUUCUGCGUGCGUGACGCCCACAACAUUCAGCACUACUAGGAAACACAACACUACCGUCAUGAGUUUGUUUUUAUUCCAGUGUAUACUCCUACUAUUUUUAAUUUAGAGUGUACCCUUUUGGGAGACUCUGGCUAGACAAAGAGGUUAAUGCCAGUUAAUGGGAGAAGAAGGUGGCUGUGAUGACUUCCCAAGUGCUUUUAUUUGUCUUCCGGCUUUAUCCAGAAACUACGAGCACGCUGAUGAGCAUUCCCUUUGACCGCAUCACGUGAACCUGCAUGUCAUUGUUACAGUUGCUGGCAGUGGAACAAGUACAGCACAAGUUUCUAAUAUGGGAGAAAUGAAAGACAACGCUAACACAAAGUAGAUAUUUGAUACUUAGCAAAAAAAAAAUGUGAUUUUUUUUCCCCCCCUCCCCACAUUGCACUGUGUUGCACUGUGUUGCGCUGUGUUGCACUGUGUUGCACUGCGCUGUAAACCAACAACAGAAGUGAACCAAGAUUGCACUGUACCUCACAUGAUGAGCGGCACAGUUAUUGCACAGUACAAGGCAUCGGCCUCCCUGAAAUACAGUACAUUGUCGUCCUAAACCACUCGAUGUUACUGUUACGGGUCAGUUUUACAUGCAUGUGCUGUUAUAUUGUUAUCUCGAUCAUGCAUUCUGCUGGUUUUAGGUUUUUUGGUUGUUUUUUUGUUCUGUUUUUUUUGCAGUUACAGAAGGGUUAUAGUAAACUGUAGCUCUGGACUAAAAGAUCAGUGGUGCUUCUCACUGUUACCACACUCCAUGCUGUAAUGAAGUCAACUGUGCAGACAGCAGCACAUUUCCAGUCUUACUUUCAUACAUUUGACAUUGUUAAAGAGAAUCAGUGUUAAUUCACCUUUUUAUUGAAGGUCAUUGUAUGGGAAUGAGAAGCAGAUUGGUUUCCAGGUUUGUGAAAUGUGUUAACUUGUUAUUUUUUUAUAGCUUGUGUUUUUAUAUAAAGUUAUGUGAUGUCUAUUUUAAAACAAGGUUUGUGGAGCCGAUGAAGAAAUUGAUCUUGUGUUGCAACUACUUUUAUUGUUUUGAAGCAUUACAGAGAGCAGUAUUAAAGAAGAGAGAGAGUUGUGAGAUGGAGUAGUAAAAAAAAAAAAGAUGGAUCUGUUAAGAACAAAUGCCUUCAUUUCUUCACAUUUCAAGCAUUUUAUACAUUUUGUGUGAAGUAUGCAUUCCGAUGCUCGCUGCUGAAAAAUGAAGUAUACUGUCAUUGGAGCCGAUUGAUACCAAACUACUUCCAUCGGGCGUCGAAGUGACUUGUAUUCAAAGAGAGGAAAAACAGGCAAUGUCGCACCAGCUACUCAGCGUAGGUAAACACUUCUUAAAAAACCUUUGGUGUUAACCUUUUCAGUAUAUCCAAAUGUAUGAAGCUAUUUGGUAGUUUUGUUUCAUUCUUUAGAGUUAAUGAAUAUCUAAAUGGGUUAUGUAAUGAAACUGAUGCUAGAACACUGUAACACUGAGAAGAACACAUUAUUUUGAUGGCUUUGUAUUA